GCAAUAGGACUGUUUUUAAUAUUUGGGAUAAUUAAAACAGUCAUUGGCGAAGAGGAGGGCUUUAUUGUAGGUGGUGAUGUAGUGGAGACAAUAAAGGAGUUCCCUCAUGUCGCUUUCUUGACGCUGUCUGGAUCGGAUGGGGAUUACAUUUGUGGAUCAUCUAUACUGAACCAAGUGAUGUUGGUGACUGCAGCUCAUUGUUUGGACGAUAUCCAUAAAAUUAUAGCGUCCGUGGGGAGUCUCAAUAGAGAGGAGGGAAUGAUGUACAAAGUGAAGGCCUACGAGCAACACAAGGAAUGGGAUCCAGUACACAUUAACCAUGACAUUGGUCUUUGUAGACUUAAGAAAGCACUAACUUUAGGGCGUAAGGUGAAGAGAGUGCUACUGAUGCAACAUCCGCCUAAAACUCACAUGGCUGAUUUGGCUGGGUGGGGUGCAAUUGAAGAACAAGACUAUGAUAACUCGAUCAUGCUGAAACACACGAGACAGAAGCUGUGGACUCAUCAGCAGUGCCAGAGGAUCCUCCACAAUGCGCCUCAAGGAACUAUUUGUGGUGGUCAAAGUCAUUCCAAAGGAGAUUUUGCUUCUAAAGGUGACUCCGGCAGCGGCCUCCUGAUCCACAAGGACAUAAUAGUAGGCCUCGUUUCGUACAAGGACACCAGCGUCUCUCGCAGUCUCGUGGUGUACACCAGCGUCCCAUAUUACUACGAGUGGGUCAAGCGCGUGUCGAAACAACUGAUUUGCGCUUCAUAAAUAAAAACGUCGAGGUUUUUGGAGUCUUUGACUAUGAGAAUGACUAUGAAA